AUGGGUCUAUCUAUGGCACGCAAACUACUCGUUGUUCUCCUGGUUACUGCGUUCUCCUUCUCAGGGAGUGCUGAAGCCUGGAGCUGGAGUUGGGGUUCCGGCCAGUCCGGUUCCAACGGGGGUUGGGGAUGGAGCUCCGGCAACUCUGGCGGUUCUUCUGGCUCGGCUUCUGCUGGUUCUGAAGACUCUAACUCGGGUGGUUCAAGCUGGGGUUGGGGAUGGAGCUCAGAUGGAACAGAUACUGACUGGGGUUGGGGAAGCAGCUCUGGCUCAAACCAUUCUAGCGGUACUGGCUCUACACGCAAAAGUCACAGCCCUAACCAAAAUGACUCAAGCGCCACUAGCCCUACACACAACAACCAUAGUGCGGGCUCAAACCACUCAAGCAUCGUUGGUUCUACACACAACAACAACAGCUCCGGCUCAAACCACUCAAGCAUCGUUGGAUCUACACACAACAAUCAUAGCUCGGGCUCAAACCACUCAAGCAUCACCGGUUCUACACACAACCACACGGCUCCAAUAAGGAGGGGGAGAAAGAUUGAGGUUACUGUGUGGAAAAACGGAUACGAUUACACAGAAUGGGCUACAAAGUAUGCCCCAUUCUACGUCAACGAUGUUCUUGUUUUCACGUACAACAACAACAAUGAUCAAACUCAAUCCAAGACGAAGCACCACAACAACAACAAGAACGACGUAUACUUGCUCCCAGACAUGAAUAGCUUCAAGAGAUGCGAUGUGGCCAGAGGCAAAAAGCUGGCCGCACGAGGAGGUUCAUCAUGGGGCUUCAAGUUGCUUCUCCGUAAAGUUCAGACUUAUUACUUCGUCAGUGGAGACCACAACGGCUGCAACCACAACAUGAAGUUCUCUGUCCACCCGAUUCCACACCCUUCUUCUCACUAACUAUAAAUCCACUUGUGAUCUUUCCUUUUCUUUAAAGUUUAAACUUUGAGUUAGUUUAUAUACUGCGGGUUUUUUUUUUCUCUAUUAGUUAACCAUUGUUAUAUGAGUCAUUUAACGUACUUUUAUCGAAUGAUUAUUACUUUUACAAAGCUAUAUAUAGUUUUCUUCCACUGGAGUAAGAAGUUUAAUAUUUUGAAAUUGGAGACUUAUAUGCAAUUACCUAAAACAAGCUAAUAAGUUGUUGCAAACGAGAGGCUCGCUUCAUGAGGAAGCAUGCUCAAGCUUUUGAG